AAGUGUCAGGUGACGUCACACGUGACAGGGAUCUUGUGGUGAGGUGACGUCAGGAUCAGCUGAUCAACAGCACUUCCUCGUUGAAUUUUGCGAUGUUUUGACGGAAACAGCUGUGCUGAAUUGUCCUUCAUGUGAAUUAUCUCACAUUUAAAGCUCUGGGCGUUUUGACUCGGGAUACGUUCUCUUCAUGAAUACUUCGGAUAGUGAAGAGGACUCUUAUAAUGAGAGAUCCGCUCUCGUCCAAUCUGAAAGCCCAACAUUACCCAUAUACAACCAAGAUCAUGACAUGUCGGUGCCUCAGGACACAAACACCAAACGGCGACGGCCGCUCAGCUCAGACUUGGGUGAGGCAGGUCAGGUGGAGAGAGAGCGAGCGGUCACUCCUGAUGGGGAGGAAGAGGAACUGACGCUCAAAUAUGGUGCCAAGCACGUCAUUAUGCUCUUCAUCCCUGUUACCCUCUGCAUGGUGGUCGUCGUGGCAACAAUAAAGUCUGUCAGUUUCUACACAGAGAAGAGCGGACAGCAGCUUAUCUAUACUCCUUUCGAAGAGGAUCCAAACUCUGUGGGUCAAAGGUUGCUGUCGUCCUUCCUCAACACCAUCGUCAUGAUCAGUGUCAUCGUUUUCAUGACCAUCAUACUUGUGGUGCUUUAUAAGUACAGAUGCUAUAAAUUUAUUCAUGGCUGGCUGAUUCUGUCUUCUCUUAUGUUGCUGUUCUGGUUCAGCUUCAUGUAUCUGGGAGAGGUGUUUAAGACGUACAAUGUCGCCAUGGACUACCCGACGUUAGCGAUGAUCAUUUGGAAUUUCGGCGUGGUGGGAAUGAUCUGCAUCCAUUGGAAGGGUCCUUUACGGCUACAGCAGGCGUAUCUCAUCAUCAUCAGCGCUCUCAUGGCUCUCAUCUUCAUCAAAUACCUGCCUGAGUGGUCGGCGUGGGUCAUACUGGGAGCCAUCUCUAUUUAUGAUCUGAUAGCAGUGCUGAGCCCGAAAGGCCCUUUGAGGAUGCUGGUCGAGACGGCGCAGGAAAGAAACGAGCCGAUUUUUCCUGCACUCAUAUACUCGUCUGCUAUGGUUUGGAUGGUUGGAAUGGCAGAUAGUAAUCGGGAUACAGCUAGUGAAAGGCAGCUCGGUGAGGGCAGAGCCCAGCCACAGGAAGGGGUGGAGUCAGAAGAUGAUGCACCUCAAGGACAGAGGCAGAGAUAUUCAGCACAAGAGGACCUUGAGGAAGACCGAGGGGUGAAACUGGGCCUUGGAGACUUUAUCUUCUACAGUGUCCUGGUGGGAAAGGCGGCCGCCACAGGAGAAGACUGGAACACAACGCUGGCCUGUUUUGUGGCCAUUCUUAUUGGACUGUGUUUGACCCUCCUCUUGUUGGCCAUUUUCAAGAAGGCUCUCCCGGCUCUUCCCAUCUCCAUCACGUUCGGUCUGGUCUUCUACUUCUCCACGGACAAUCUGGUACGACCCUUCAUGGACAGCCUGGCAGACCACCAAUACUACAUCUGACAAAAUCCCACAGGACUUCUUAAGAACACAUCUUUAAAUAAGAUUCAGGUGUUUUUAUUUUUAUCUGAGCUUUCAGUCUGAUAUAAAGGACUGAAAUGUCGACAGUGUUUCAAAACAAGCAAAGCUUUUACAGUUGUGAGUUGUGUAGGUCACACAGCACUUUUGGUCAAUAAGGAGCAGCUCUUUGAAGUAUACAGUAGUGUAACUAUUUUUUUUUGUGUUUCAUGACAAGGUAAGACAGGUGUCGGUAAGCUUUUUGCUUUCAUAAAUAAUAAGAAGGAAGAGUUUGCUGCUAGGAGUUUUGCCAGUUUACAGCGUUACUGACGACACAACACAGGUUUGAAUAGUUUCAUUUUUGUGUUUACUUUUCCCAGCAAGCAAUUUUGCGUUUUAAAGAUGUCUAAUAGACAUCUGGGCUGUGUUUAGAUGGCUAGGCUGAAACAUAUGAAAGGUUUUCUGUCAAUUUUAAAUGAUAAAAAAUAAAACCAGCUUUACCAUUUUAUUAUAGAAAAUUGUACGCAAAAUUUAAGCCAAAGUUAAUAUUUAAAAUAUUUAAUUUUCAAGGUGAUAAUGCAUUUUUUUCUCUCUCUUCUCUGUUUUUUUUUUAAUUGGUGAUUUGACAUUUUUAUUUUCACUACAAUCUCAAGGCAAAACUGACAGUAUUUAAAAUUGGCAAAAAACCUUUCAUGGAAUUGAGGCAAAAUUUUGCCUGUCAGCAAAAAUGUAUUGGAAAUUUAAACAUAGCCCAAAAAUAAAUGAAUAAACCAAACACCAAUCACUGUUGACUUGGUCGAAUAUACAUCUCACAAAUUAUUUCGACAAAGCGUAACCAAAUUCAAGUUUAAAUUGGCUGAUUACUCAUAGCCAUACUAUUUCAGGUUUAUACACUGUAAAAAGUAAAAGUUGGAUCAACUUAAAAAAAAAAACUUAAAUUGGUAACGCCAACUUCAAUGUUCUCAGUUUAAGGGAAAUUUUACAUUUGAAAAUGUUUAAAUAUUUUAGGUGUCAACUUUAAGUUUUUUCACCUUAAUUUUUUUACGCAAGUUUACGUUUAUAAAACUACAUGUUUUGGGUGUUACCAAUUGAAGUAAUUUUUAAGUUGAUCCAACUUUUACUUUUUACAGUGUAGAUAAUAUGGCUAUUGCUUGCUGGGUUGGUUUACCUUAACUUUGUUUUUAAUCAAUAUAUUUUUUUGCUCCAGUUAGGUUGCUAAUACAACAUUUUAAAAACAUUUUUUAUGUAGGUGACAUAAUAGGCACAUUCACAGUUUACCAAUUUAAAUAGGGUCUCAAGUUUGCAGUGAUCUAGGUCUUAAAAAGUCACUUUCGAAUGUUGACAGUAUGCCAAGAAUUGAUCCAAGAAUACUUAAGAGGAAAAAUGCCAGUUCAUAUAUGUAUAUUGUUGGUGCCUAUGUUGUUUUUCUUUGCCACUGAAAUGAGAAAAGUGGAGUUGCAAUGUUGUGAUAACAUGUAAACAGAUCGGUAGCAAUGUUUUUUUUUCUUGCAGUUUAUAGAUUUCCCAGCAACCUAAAUGUAACCCUGUAAUAAAUAAAAUGUAUCCUAUUAUAUUUUGAUACAUAAGAAUUACCUUCACUAAUUUCUCCUUAACUAAGAUUGAGGUGAUUUACUGUACGAGCAUCCACUUUUGAAUUGUAUAAAUUAUGCUAUUUUUAUCAGUCGACUAAAUUGCAACAAACCGGACUUGUUGGU